UCAUCGCUGUUUUCCUCCCAAACAAAUAACAAAAGGUCGCAAUAGAGAUAAACAGAGAUUUUUGUUUCAUGUAAAAGAAACAUUUAUUCACAGAGAUAAACUGUGUAAAUAUUUGGGAAACUGGCAACUGAUUUAGUGUUGGAACAAUAGAUUAUGGAAGAUUCAUUUCUCAAUUUGGCUCAUUUCCAUAGUCGUCGUGCUGAAAAUCACUUAAAAAAGCGGCGUUUCGAUUUAGCUAUUGAACAUCACAAGAAAACUGUUGAUCUGUUAAACAAGGCUAUCGAACAAAGUAGUAUCGAGAAAAAUAUCGAAUGUCUGAUACUACAACGCAACUAUCACGAAAAGUACCAACAUAUCGUUCUGAUGAAAAAAGUACAAUUUUUUCACGAUAUAAUGGUGCAAAGAGAACGGCUCAAAUCGACGGAACGAGAAAAUUCACUGAAUAGGGACCUGAAAUCUGGAACGGACGACGAACUAAAUAAUUUUGUCGGUACCGAUGGAGAUGAUGAUGCGUUUAGUCCUAGUGAUGAUGAUCGAAGAUUGAUGGAAGAUUUACCACCACUAGAAUUACCUGAGUUUGACUUCGGUAAUUUUGAAAUUAAAUGAGAGAUUGAGAGACUUUUUAUUGGAAAUAGUUGAUAGGAUAGGUGUUACUUUAAUUUGGUCAAAGCUAAGCUUUGCAAAUAAUUUUAUUUCUAUACAAUUUGGGUAAGAAC